AGCCUUGAGACUUGGAAAAUGGGAGCGGGGAGAUGGGGGGGUCCCUUGGGUGGGUGGGGGGCGGAGGGAUCUCCCUGCAGUGGGGUGGGGGUUAAAAAUGCAUAUGUGCAUUUGCAGGUUUGGAUUUGUGGGCUGUUUCUGUCACUAACCUUGCACCCAUCUCUAGCUGCUUAUUUUCCUCUCGCAGGUUCCCAAAUCAGGUUUCUGUGUGUUUUUCUUCUUCUUCUUUAGCGCAGCAGGCAGAUGUUCAGCAGGUGAAGCGUGGAGAUGUUACUAGUUGAUCCUCACUGAAAGGGCCGUAGCUCAGGGGUAGAGCAUCUGUAUUGCAUGCAGGAGGUGUCAGUUUCAGUUCCCAGCAUCUCCAGGUAGGGUUGUCCCUUGCCCUCAAAUCCUCCAGAGCUGCUGCCAGUCAGUGUAGACAGUAUUUAGCUUGAUGGGCCAGUGACUCCGUUAGAAAGUACCUUCUCAAGGAAAGGGAGAUUCCUGGGUCUUUUAGCAGUUGUGCAGAAGAGCGGAUUUUUGACAAGUUUGUUUAAUUUUGUUUCUAGUUCCUUGUGGACAAGUUGCAAAGGAACAAAGGAAGCUGCCUUAUUCCAAGUUCCUCCAUCUACCUUGGACUUGCCUACACUGACUGGCAGCAGCUCUCCAAUGCCAUUUCUAGUCUUGCUCAAGGCAGAUCCACUAAAGUAAACAGACAUGACUAAUUAGGUUCAUUCAUUUGAGUGCAUCUAUUAUGAGUAGAGCUUAGUUUGAUGCAUUCCAGGGUCUCAGGCAGGGGACACCCUCUCCCAGCCCUACCUGGGACCUUCUGCAUGCAGAGCAGCUGUCCUGCCUCUGAGCUGUUUGCUCCCUUCCCCUUUUUAGUUGGAUAAGUUUUGUUUUGAGGGUUCGAUCGCUGUUGGCUUUUAUGUUUUUCUUUUAUUAUAUACAGUGUUUGAUGGCUGCGGUUAAUGCUGAAGAAGAGAGGAAGCUGCCUUUUUCUGAAUCAGGCCAUUGGUCCAUGCAGCUCCCAUUUCAAUCACUGUUUUAAGUUGCUUUGGGUUGCCCUGGGCAAGAUAAAGCGACUGACAAAUUUAAUAAAUCAAUAAAAAGAAAUAGCUCGGCAUUGAUGGCAGUGACUGGCAGGGUUUCAAAUGGGACUCUCUUCCUCCAAGCCUUGGCACAAAAGAACUUGUUUCACAAGUGAGCAGGGAAACAGGAAGCAUCAUAAGAUAGCAUUUAACGCCAGUGCUGCACAUGGAAACCCAUAGGUUAUAUGCCAAGCACUGCCCUUCCGCAAGCUGUGCUGGUUCUGGUCAGCCCCUUCUGCAUAACUGCAACAGGGAAUCCACAGUCACUUUUACAUCUGAUUGCCCAGUGAUCUGGAUGGGGAUCUGCCCCAGUUGAACCCACCGUGUGUGAGGCUGUUAAUAGCACAGGAGCGUUGCCAGAGAAUAGAAAUGCUGGUAGCUUCCUUGUGGUUUCCAUGUACCACAACUUCAGAGGCCGCCUUAUCCCUUCUGUACCCAGCACAUUGCUGCAGCCUGGAGGAAAAAUUACUGCGAGUUCCAAAGAUCUCGGAAGCCCACUGUACAUAAGCUCAGAGCAGGGCUUGUAGUGUGGCUGCCCCUGUUCUGUGGAAUAGCAUCCCUGUCAAUCUGCACUUUGGGGGACAUUUUCAUUCCAACAGGUUUUCCCAGCUGGACAAAGGAGUCUUUGCCACAAGUGUCUUCUUUGCUCGGGAUUUUAAUCUUGUUAUAACUGCUUUUUUAAAACUGCUUUUAACUACCUUAUAUGUAAAUCACCAUGAGAGAGGGUGGUUCAGAAGGCGAUGAAUAAAUCAGUGACAAUAAUAAUAGUUAGCAACUCAAAGCUCUUCCUUAAAUUAAAUCUGUUUUUCAAGGUGGACAGGGUUUUAGAUUGCCAGUAGCCAUGAUAAUCUAACAGGAAAGUCUGUGUGACCGAAACUGCAUUCAUUGCAGGGGGUUGGACUCGAUGACUCUGGGUCCUCUCCAACUCUGUAGUUUUAUUAUUCGUAGAUGCUGGAAAAGGAGGAACAGUUAGAGAUUCUGCCUUGUAUGCAGAAGGUUCCAGGUUAAAUCCCUGGCAUGUCCAAGUACGGCUGGGAAGGUCUCACCUGAAACGCAGGAGAGCUGCUGCCAUAGUGCAAUUGUAGCUCAGAUAAUAAUAAUAAUAAUAAUAAUAAUAAUAAUAAUAAUAAUAAUAAUAAUAUAUUAUUUAUACCCCGCCCAUCUGGGUGGGUUUCCCCAGCCACUCUGGACGGCUUCCAACAGAAAUAUUAAAAUACACUUAAUUUCUUAAAAGAUUGAAAGCUGCCCUAAACAGGGCUGCCUUCAGAUGUCCUCUAAAAGUCUGGUAGUUGUUUUUCUUUUUGACAUCUGGUGGGAGGGCGUUCCACAGGGCGGGUGCCACUACCGAGAAGGCCCUCUGCCUGGCUCCCUGUAACUUGGCUUCUCGCAGCGAGGGAACCGCCAGAAGGCCCUCGGCACUGGACCUCAGUGUCCGGGCAGAGCGAUGGAGGUGGAGACGCUCCUUCAGGUAUACUGGAGCAGCUUCCUAUGUCCAGCUCCAUUAGGCUUUUUUAUUGUUCUUUUUUACUACUGCCAUAGAAUUGUUUAGUUAAAGGGACCCCAAGGGUCAUCUAGCCAAACCCCCAGCAACGCAGGAGCCACAGCUAAAGGAUCCCCGACAAAUGGCCCUCCAAACUCUGCUUUAAAGAGAGUCUGCCACCUUCCGAGGCAGUCAGGCUGCCCACAGUAGGAAACCGAGAACCGGGCUAAGCUAGGCCUGAUCUGGAGAGGUGAUUUUGUUGCAUUCUUAACAUUUCUAGGCCGAGAGAGGGAGAAGAUGGCUGCUGUGGGAAGUGGCGCCGCAAUGUCCUUAGCCCUUCACUACCAGCCGGUGCUUGAGCAAGGGCCUCGGCCCGGAGAGAGAACAGGCGAGGAGGAAGGCGACACCGCAGGCCCCAAACCCGACAAGGACGUCAACAAAAGACCCAGGAAAACCGUUCCAGCCAGCAUGGCGGCAGAGCUCCUGCGAUGGCCGGCCUCGCAGCAAGUGAAGCAGGAGCCAGGCGACGGGAUCCCGCAGGGCUGGGACGGUCCCUGGCAGGAGUUCCUGAAGGCAGUUCAGUCCCCGCACCCUGGCUGGGGCAACCCACAGCUGCCCGCGGCAUGGGAGGAGAGCAGCAAGGCCUUUGAGGGAGCCACCGACGCCUGGAUGUGGCCCCGAGGGGACUGGGCAUCCCGGCCCUUUUCAGCAGAGCCACAGCCAGCCCCCCAGCCCCCUCCGGAAGGCAGAGACAGGGGCGACAGCACCAGUGGGAAGUUAAAGGCCGAGAGCUCGAGGCCGGGCCCGGCCAGCGCCGAGUCCCAGCGCCGGCGCUUCCGGCAGUUUGGCUACCGGGAGGCCGAGGGGCCCCGCGAGGUCUGCGUCCGGCUGCGGGAACUGUGCCGCCAGUGGCUAGAGCCCGAGCGGCACACCAAGGAGCAGAUCCUGGAGCUGCUGAUCCUGGAGCAGUUCCUCACCAUCCUGCCUCCCGAGAUCCAGAGCUGGGUGAGGGAAUGGGGGCCGGAGACCUGCGCCCAGGCGGUGGCCCUGGCCGAGGGCUUCCUGAGGAGGCCCCGGGAGCCCAAGAGGUGGGAGCAGCAGAUCUCAAAGCCUUUUCAGGAAAUGCCCAAGGCAGAGCAGGCUCCAUCAGACACAGGGCUGUGGCAGCUGUACAGGGAGGCAAAACAGGACAGCGAUGGCAGCUCAAUGGGCGAUGGGUGGGUGAGCGAGAAUGAAGAGGAGAAACCUCGGCUGAGAUGUUCCGAGAAAACUGGGCCUUCCGGGUCGUACGGAGAGAACCCUUUCCUAUGUCCUGAGCAGUUGGGCUCCUUUGAAAACCAACACAAAUCAGAGAAUCCACACGAUGUCCCCUUGGGAGGCGGGGAGUGCAAACCGGUGGCCUGUCCGGGAGUCGUCCCGAAACUCGGCGACCUGGCGGAUCAAGAGAGGAUCCACAAGGACCGGAGGAGGAAAGUGUGCACCGAGUGUGGGAAAGCGUUUGGCCGGAGCUCUGACCUCCUUAAACACCGGAGAACCCACACAGGGGAAAAACCUUUCCAGUGCCUCCACUGCGGGAGAAGCUUCAGCGACCGCUCCAACCUCAUCGCACACCGGAGAAUCCACGCAGAGAAGAAGCUGUACCAGUGCUUGGACUGCGGCAAGAGCUUCUGCCAGAACUCGUACCUGGUCCGCCACCGGAGGACCCACACGGGCGAGAAGCCCUACAAGUGCUCGUACUGCGGCAAAGGGUUCAGCGACAGCUCGAACCUGGUGGUGCACAAGAGGACUCAUACAGCGAGCGACAAGCCCUACCGCUGUCCGGAUUGCGGGCGGAAGUUCAGCGAGCCCUCGCUUCUAGGCCGCCACCAGCGGAUGCACGCCAAGGACAGGCCGUACAACUGCUCGGACUGCGGGAAGACGUUCCGCCACCGCUCGGAUCUGGUCCGCCACCGGAGGACCCACACGGGGGAGAAGCCCUACAAGUGCCUGGACUGCGGCAAGGGCUUCAGCCAGAGGUCCCACUGCAGCACCCACGAGAGGCGGCACACGAGGCAGAAACUGUACCCGCAGCACUUGGAGGGUGGGAAAGGCUUCAGCCCGGCCGAGAUCGGACUUCCCGCGAAGGAGGAAGCUGCGGAAGCGGCUCAAAGGAUCGCUACCCAGAAGGACGUGAGGGUGGGCCAUAUGUGUGUCCUUCUCCACACCGAGUGGGGUUACUUAUAGCCGGGGCUGGCGCUAGGUAAUUUGACACGAUGGGACUUUCCGGUUUUUGUUUUGUAAAUGGCAAAGUGCAUUACUUCAAAAUGUGGCAAGCCAGUCCUGCUGUGUUUGAAGGCCUUUUCCUCCACUCCUUCUGUUGUGUAGGCCCUGGACCUCUGCCCUCAAGCUCUGCCCUGACAGCACCCUUGGCUUACAGUUUGCCUUGUUUGUAAAAGCCUGUUUGCUUCGUACCGAUUCUUAAUGCGCCCCGAGCGACUAGCAUGGACGUUUUACGAAAAUGGCUUUUCACUGCCGUUUCCCCUUUAUACCACGAGUGACUAACUUAGCCUGUCUCCCGAGUAUACUUAUUACUUUGUGUUUGUGGACUACUAACUUUUGCCCAAUGUAUCAGCCGAAAUUGGGAUCCGACAAAGAAUUCCGCCUCCUGUUGAUGAGUUUGGCUUUUUUAAAAAUCAAAGCAAGUUUCUAGUCCUCAUUCGUGCUAAUAUAGGUUUGAAAGUUCAUGUGCAUACACAUGGUAUUUGGAGGUGUCUUGGGAGCCAAAAGAGGGGGUCGAGCAAGUGGGGCUUGAGUGGGAUUCACAGCAAUGACUCUCUUUCCCCCCUUCUCCCCAUGUCGAAAACAGACUAAAGAGCCACUGGAACUCUGGGAAAGUGCCCUGGGCAUCAAUAAGCUUCCGUGUAAGGGGUGACUCCUGCUCAUGUCGCUUGUGCUGAACUUCUUAUGGUCUGAGCAAGGAAUCUUUCAUGGGGGUGGAGAGAUGUGUCCUUUGGAAAUGGGACUUUGCAGAAAGGCAGUGCAUUUUUUACAAGGUGGGGUAGGUAGUAUGCCUUCCUGUGACCAGCCGCCCAUCCUGCCUUGGUGGCGGUGGCUGCAAAAUAAAUCCUGAACAAAGUAAACAUUCAUGUGAGGGUCAGCUUUAUUCGCCGCAAGGAGAAAUAAGACAGUUUCCAGUGAGCAUUUGUCCU